AUGGAGUCUAAAAAGGAGCUCAUUAGUGACCAGCGGUUUUCCCGCAUUACAAAAGACCCAAGAUUUUGGGAAAUGCCAGAAAAAGAUCGCAAAAUCAAAAUUGAUAAAAGAUUUCAGGCCAUGUUUCAUGAUAAAAAAUUCAAGUUGAAGUACACUGUGGAUAAGCGAGGGCGGCCUGUUCAACACAGCUCUACAGAGGACCUGAGACGCUUUUAUGACCUUUCCGAUUCAGAUUCGGAUCUUUCAGAGACUGACCAAAAAUUAACUAAGAAGAAAUCGCAGGGAGAGAAGGCCAAGACUAAAGAAAAGAGAGUAUCUGAGAAGUCUCCUGUUGAGAGUAACUCUGGGAAAGAAAGCAAAGGGACAGAUAAAAGUUCCUCAUUGUCAAAACUGGGUAUUUUAAAAAAUGAAGGCCAGAAAAGCAAAUCGUUAAAGUCCAAAAAGACUGUAAAAGGCACACAAGUGAUUGAAUUGCAACAAGUAAAGGAACUUACACCAAAGAAGCAGAACAAGCAAGGCAGAAAGUAUCCUGAGAACCUGAAGACUGUAAAAGAAAAAGCAGUGAAGAAUAGCAGCAUAGACAGUUAUGUAAACCAUAAGAGAAAUGAAUUAGGUUGGUUGAAUGUAAUUAAUUGAAAUUUGUCACCUGUCUCUCAAUCUUACUCAGCUUUUCUUGGAUGUAAUAUUUUAUUAGCCAGUUUGGAUAAUCCUACCUCAGUUUAUCAAACUGAGAUAAUCAUGAGUCUUUUGCUUAUGCACACAAGCCCCCUUGAUUUACCCUUUGUGGGGUGCAGCAGUGAAACUAGGAAGUAGCUAAUGAACCCCUUUCCAUUUCAUUUGAACUGGGAAGUUAUGGUCAUCAGCUUUGAAACAAGCCAUUGUCCUAAACCAUGGUUUGAAAUGUACUUUAAGACCCUGGCUUGUGUUGAAACUGGUACCUGCAGUUUCCCAAUUUACAUAAAAUGCCUUGCCAUGAAGGGAGGAGCAAAAAAAGGCUCGUGUUUCCUGGUUUAAUAUACUGCGAUUUGCUCAUCCAAACCCCUAUGUGGGUUUCAAUGGAACUUCCAAGUAAGUGCAUAGAAGCAUAGCCUAAAUGAAUAAUAAUUCUCUAUGCCUCUUUUUUCUGCAUGCAACACUUCUUUUAUUGGAGACUGCUUAAUUUUGCCAAAACUAGCACAAUAAUGGCUUUUGUGGUGUCGCAGAAGAUCAGUAAGUUUUCCAAACAUGAUUUGGAAAGAAGUGUACUUAGUGGUAAACUCUGUGGAGGUAAAAUAUGUUAAACUUGAGGAGGAAAACUGUCCUAGAGCUGUACUUUAAAUUGGUUGGGAUGGGGAAUCUGUCAUCUUCUCGAUGUUGCUAGACUACAGCUUGCAGUAUUCCUGAUGAUUGGCCAUGCUGGCUGGGACUAAUAGGAAUUAUAGGGCCUCAGAUUCUGAACUCCUGAAAUAGAUGGCGGAAUCUAGUUGGGGAUUAGGGCUGUAUAAUGCACCAAGUGUCAGUGGAACUGGUUGUAGUGCAGUCUUUUGCAAAGAGUUAGAAUCUCUCCACCACCAGAGUACCACAGCAUCAUGGUUAGCCUAUCCCUAUAAACAGGAUCCUAUGCCAUCAUACUUAUACCUCAUUUUAUGCCAUCCAGCAGCCUGCAUGUCCCCCAGACUUUUGGCUCCCAGUACAAGGACAAAAGGCUGGCUUUGGGAGCCCUAAAGUGAGUUGCAGAGAACCCUUCAUUAUGAGUGGCUGCCAUCCCAGUGGGGAGGUACUAUGCCAGGGGUUUCAUAUUAGUGGCUGCCACUGCCAUUUCUCUCUUUCUGCUACCCAGUUUCCCCCCUCAUCACCCACAAGAAUUUAGGUCAAGGGCUGAGGACAGCAUGUCGUGGUUUCUUACCUGUGACUUAGAGCAGUGGCACUUAACCCUGCUUGGGUGACAGACCCCUUUGAAAAUCUGAUGAAAGCUAUGAACCCCCUCCAGGGAAAAAUGCACAUAAACACACAAGCUUUCUGCUUAGAAUUUAUUUUAUUGUGUUGGGUUUGUGUGUGUGCACACACACGUUUGUGUGUGCACUUGCCUAGUUUCCCGGCCUAAGCCCAUCCAUGGACACCCCCCCCCCAGGAAUCUCUCUUUUAAAUAGAAACCGUGAAAACACAGUGUUAUGAAAACUAUUUUCACCAAAGUGAGUAGUUUAUUUUCCUCCCUAAAUGUGCUAUCAAAAACAUUUACAUUUUAAAAAACAGUUUCUUACUGAAUUUGUCCACUUUCAUGUGUGAUAGAAAAUUAUUUUUGCCGCUUGACAGGUAGUCUUGGACAUUUGGUUUCCCAGAUAGUUAGCUGCAUGCUAUUGUAAGCUACAGUUUGGUCAAUGAACAUCUCAAUCACCACUGAAAAUCUUAACAAUAUACCAUUCUCCUUCACACUCUGCAUGUCUGAGGUGCCAUCUUUUUUUGAGGGAUAACUGGACGUAAUUCAGAUUUGGAAAAUACUAUAUUGUACAUAUGUAUGUUUAAAUGUAUUGCUUUUCCUUCAUUUAGGAAAGGAAGAUAAUUCUUUCAGCAAGCACAUUAAUGAACAUUGCUUGCAAAAGGAAACUUGUGAAAAUGUGGAGCACUUUGAUCUUGAUGAAUUGGAAGGUAGUGAAAAGACUGAAGAGGAAAGUGAGUCAGAGGAUAGCGGGGAUCUGGAAGAGGAAAGCGCCUUGGGAGAGGAGGGAGAAAUGAGAGAAGAAAGUGGUUCAGAAGAUGAAGAAGAAACAGGAAAUGAAAGUGAGAUUGAUGAAAGCGACAGUGGGCCAGAUUUGGCAAGGGGGAAAGGCAAUAUAGAAACCAGCUCUGAUGAUGAUGAAGAGGAGGAGGAUUUGGCUGAGAUAUAUCCAAAGGAGCCUGAAGUUGAACAUGGAUGGGGAGAAUUGGCUAAAGAUGCCCCUCGUGCAGAUGCGGUAAGGCUCAAGGAAUCUUGAAAGACCUAACUACAUAAUUAUCUUUUAAGUAGCUCUUUCUAUAGAGUGUUUUUCGUUUCUUGCCUUCCUUCAAGGCCAGUCCUCAUAAAAAGCAAGUCCAUAAGUAAGUGAUUUAUAGGAUUGCAGCCUCCCACACUCCCAGCAAGUUUACAGCUCACUUUUUCAUUAGGGGUGGAGGGAAGGCCUAACAUAUAUGGAACAAGAGUUUUUCUAGUAUUUCUAUAUAACACAUUUAAAAUUUCAGUGCUUCUAGCAGCAGUUUUUGCAACUGUCAACCAGGUUAAAACUAAAGCAGGAGCCACUCAAAAUAGUUGCAGAACCUCUGUUGAAAUUCUGGUUCUGUAUCUUCUGCCCUUAGUUUUGUCUUUGUGGAUUUAGCAGUUUAUCCUUGCUGUCCUGGGUUCUUAUCCUUCCUUGGAUUAAGCAAGAAUGGUUAACUGUCUGUCUGGCCUGAUGUGUAUAUGUAUGUAUAUGAAGAAGAAACAGCCAGCCAAAGGUAUAUGAUCUUUACUGGAGGAGGAAAGUCAAUAUGUAAUUUGUUGAUCACAUUUUCUGGUUCUUCUCCAAGGCAGAAAGCUCUGUAGCAGUGCUCAUACUCUACUGUGAGUCCUCUUUGUGCACAAAUCUAAUUUCAUAACUGCAUUUUUGUUUACUUAGGGUGAUAUAUGCAGUCUGUUGUGUUACCUUAAAGGUCUAGGCAGCUGUUGUGAAAUUAUUUUCUUACACACAGAUCACACGUAGAUUGGCAGUUUGCAACAUGGACUGGGAUCGACUGAAAGCUAAGGAUCUACUGGCUUUACUUAAUUCAUUUACACCUAAAGGUGGUUUUAUCUUUUCUGUAAAGGUAAGCACUUGUUUUCAACAGCAGCGUGCAAAUAAUGCAUAUUUGGGGAAGUGCGAAGGAAUCCACCUAUCUUUUUGCAAAUAGUUGCAACUGUGAGACUAGCAUGGGUUGUGCUGGAGAAAUUGUAAAUUGUGGUGUUUCAGUUGAAAUACUUGGUUAGACUUGCACUGAAGGUGUGGGAAGAGGUGUCAAAACUGUGGCCCUCCGUAUGUUACUAGACUACAACUCCUAUUAUCUCUCACUACUGCCCAUGUUGGCUGAGGCUGAUGGGACUUUGAAUUCCAACCACACCAGGAGGUCUAUAAGUUUGCCACUCCUAUAUUAGAGUAAGAUUACAAUUCUGCAGCACAGUUAGGUUCACUGAAUGCUCUUUUAACUGGACAGUAAAUGCAACCCCCCCCCCCUCUGGAAUCCAUAAGGAAUCCUUUAGUAUAGAACUCUGUGGAAAAUGUAUACUGGUGAGGCAUGAAAACAGAACACCAAAAGUUAAGACAUUUCUGCUGUUAAAGCAGUCUACCAUGAACUUCUGUCCAUGUCAGUUGAGCCUCAUGCAUAAAGACCUAUUCAUAGCGCAAUGUGAGUAGUGGAUUUCAUUGUAUAAAUCAUAGUUAAGGCAGAAGGGAAAGAUGGGGAAAUUUAUUAUUUAAAAUCUAAGCCCAAGCUGUUCUCAAGCCACUUAAUACUAUGUCACGCACCCUUUUUAUUGUUUCUAGAUCUAUCCUUCAGAGUUUGGGAAAGAGAGAAUGAAAGAGGAGGAAGUGAAUGGUCCAACUGAACUAUUAAGCCUUCCUGAAGAUGUCACAGAGAAUGACAGGUGUUUAACCCUGACAUACAAUAAUUCCCAUAUAUAUAAAAUUUUGCUGUUGAAAUCCAAUAAAUUGGGAAGGGUUAUUGUUUUUGUAUUAUGUACUGUGUUUUUAUAUUUUAAACCGCCCUGUGAUCCUCAAAUGAAGGGCAGUAUAUACUUCUAAUAAAUAUACUAAAUAAUAAAUAAACCCCUUUGAAAUCCUAGGAAGAAUUAAAGUUAGUAAUCAAUAUCAUAAUGAUUCUAGUUUAACAUACUUUUUUUCUAUUGGUAUCUCAUUCCAAAAACUUUGUCUUCACACCAAAGCAUUUGGGAUGUAGUGGACCUAACAUUAGUUUGGUUCACAUGUAACAGUAAGCAAUGGUUGGGUAUAAACCAUGGUUCACUGUGCAUACUGCCCUGUUGCUCCUACUCUGCUACAUCUUGCUUACAUCUGGGAGAAACAAGCCAAGAGCUUGGUGCUACAUGUGAAUCAGAACUCAAAGUUUGUUUUGCUCCUUGGCUUCCACUCAUGGUUUGUAUAGAGAAACAAACACAAGUUCUGGUUUGCAGGUAACACUAAGCCUCAUUGUUUGCUUCUUGUGGAGGCAGGCAAGGCUGACCAGUUGAGCAACUUGAACAUUACAGCUGCAUGUUGCAUUUGUGAUGGUGGAUGAUGAGCAGAAUGACCCUCGGGUAUCAAAGUGACAAGUAUUGACAUGAUACUGCACAAUGAAUUUCUACCACUAGAUGGAACCUUUCUCCCUCUGGGCGAACACUGCCAGUUUGCUGCUAUAGACAUGCCAUCAGUUCUAAAAGUCUGAAAAGGAAAAAAUUGCUAGUUUAAUUGUUACCAUAAUGCAGCUUUACCUUUGUUUAGCAUUUUCAACACAUUUGGUGCUUCAGAGAACACAAACAGCAUGGCCACUUUUGUUCAUUCAUUGCUUUCUGUUCUCAGACCGUAGGGCCCUUGGAACAAGUGCCAUGUAGAUAGAUAUACGGUGAUAUUAUAAUAAUGCUGAUAAGUAAUUGGGGAAAGUUAGGGGAUGUAAAUGCAUAUGUUUCUUAAAGCAGAGACAUAUCUGGCUUUCUCUGUAAACAGUGGCCGGUAGAAUUGUAUGGGGAGACCUAAACUAUUGCAUGUUGAUUUUUCUUUUUCAGUUCAUUUAGCCCAGAAUGCUUCAGUCUUGGUUCCUCAGAUGUUGCUGGACUUAACAGCUUCCAUCAUUCCCAUCCAGCCUAGCCAUCAGAGAUUAAUGAGAGUUGUAGUUCAACAAUAUCCAGGGAUCCAAGGCUGAAGAAGGCUGUAUUAGCGCUAAGUUCCUGACCAGCCGAUGAAUUUAAGAUCAUGCUCACUUCUGCAUAGGGCCACUCAUGCAUUGAUUUCUUACCAUGGUUUGGGUAACUAUUCAUUAGGAGGGAUUGGCAAACGGGGGACGGGAUUCAAAGUUUUUCACCAAUAGUUCGCUGUGUUCAGAGUACCUUUGAACUUCUUUGUCUCAAACGAAAGCUCCUGAUGCCACAAAACAAGAUGCUUUUGCAAAUCAAGGGUGUUUCAAGAGAUAUAGCAUGAGAGCUGCUGUUCAAAGGAAAAAAUGUAACAACAACCAUUUAUGUGUGAAUGCAAGCCCUUGGGUACAGCAAAAGUAACUCUCUUUAUAUCCUGGCCCAUGACUCUAGAGCAGGCUUCCUCAAACUCGGCCCUCCAGAUGUUUUUGGCCUGCAACUCCCAUGAUCCCUAGCUAGCAGGACCAGUGGUCAGGGAUGAUGGGAAUUGUAGUCUCAAAACAUCUGGAGGGCCGAGUUCGAGGAUGCCUGCUCUCGAGUAACCUUGCCCAACCUGGUGCCCUCCAGAUGCUGCUGGAUUCCAACUCCCAUCAUCCCUGACCAUUUCCCAUGCUGGCUGGGACUGGUGGGAGUCCAACAAUAUCAGGAGGCACCAGGCUAGUGAAGGCUGCUCUGGAGUAUCCAUAGUUGUGAAGGAACUCGGAUUCUAAAGUACAUCAGAACAUAUUCCUAGGGUCUAAGAUACAAAAUACCUUGCUAGCUCACUGAGUCCGGUAUUGUGGCACUAGUGUCUGAUAUUUGGUCAUAAUCAUGAAGAGUUUCAUAUGUUGUUGUAUACUCUUAUGCCACACAGCUGUGAGAACUGGAUUGCAGUAUAAUUGCUUCAUUGUUCCUUCAUUUUUUUAGCCUUACUUGAUUUAUCUCUCUCUCUCCUUUAAAGCAUUUAUAAGGAAAAACUGAGAGACUAUCAGUUCAAGCGACUGAAGUAUUUCUAUGCGGUUGUAGAGUGUGACACUCCCGAAACAGCCAACAAAAUUUAUGAAGAAUGUGAUGGAUUGGAAUUUGAAAGCAGUUGUUCUUUCGUGGACCUGAGGUAUUGUGGGGGGUUUUCUUUUCCUCCUGCGACAGCUUCGUGAAGAUGGUUAAUUGUUGUUAUUCUUUUUGAGAGAGGGUUCCUGAGACAGAAGUUGUUAACUUUUCCCUAGCAUCCCAGUAGUUUAUGACCAAGCUGAAUCUGAACUCAGAUUCCUCAAUUCCAGCUGAAACAUUCAAAUGUCUGACACACUCUGGCUCCCUUAUAUCUUGUUUUAAAGCACUGAAGCUACCUUUCCCACAGCAGACUGUGGCUUGCAUCUUUUGAAUAUUAGGGUGCUUUUUAACACAGUUAAAAUUGUGUUUUAAUGUUGCAUACAAAAUUGAAUUUACUUUUUUAGAGUGUCAUGCUCCUUCACUGUCAGUGUCAAUGCUAUAAGCAGAGAGCCAUGAAGUAUGUCCCUCCUAAGUUUCUCACACUCAUCACUGGAGUUGGUGAUGUUUUACUGGAUAUCGGGGAGAGUAAUUGCUUUGAAAGCGACUGAAAUGCUGAACAGUUUGACCAGAGGAUGGUUAAUUCACAACUCUCAGUGCUGAUGAUGAUAACUGGUCCUUUCUGUGGCAACUGCAGAGAGGUGGAGCUAUGGUUUUGUUUGUUAUUUUAGGUAUUUUUGUAGUUUUUAUACUGUAAACUACCCUGUGAUCCUUUUUUAAAUACAAAUUUUAAUUGGUUUUUAAACAAAUACAAUAAUCAUUAAACAUUUAACCAGCAAUACAGCUACCACCCUGUGAUCCUUGGAUGAAGGGUGAUAUAUAAAGUUAACUAAUAAAUAAAAUAAACUGAACUUCACCUUAAACAUACUUAGCUACCUUUUAAAAAGAGUCACACCAAUGGUCUGUUGUAACUCAGUAUAGUCUGCUAUUCUGUCUGGCCGUGUGCCUCCAGGGUCUCAUUGACAGGUCUUUUCCAGCUCUGCUUCCCAAGAUUCUGGAGGUCCCGGGGAUUGAAUUUGGGAUUUUUCACAUCCAGCAUCUGUGCUCUUCCACUAAGCUAUUGCCUCUUUGCUGGCUUCCUACCCUUCGAGGCCUUGUGAGUUACAGGUUCAGCAACAGUAAUUGGGGUGUCACCAUUUUUUCAGUGGGGUUAAACUGGAGCUGACUAGACAUUCCCUGUGCUGAGUGAAAUGUAACACUUUUGACUGACCUCUUCACCCAAACCAUGGACUGAACAACAACUGUUUUCUAAUAUAUCUAAUAACAGCUAAUACUAAUUAAGAGAGAGGCUGGGCCUAUCAACAUUUGUUCCUUUGAAGCCUCCUUGUAUCUGUUUUAAUAACAAUUCCUUUUCUUUUCGGCUUUUAAGAUUCAUUCCAGAUGAUGUGACAUUUGAUGACGAGCCAAAGGAUGUGGCCUCAGAAGUGGACUCUUAUAAACCAAAGUACUUCACAUCUGCUGCUGUGUCGACUUCAAAGGUACCUUAACAGUGUUUUUGUAGCCCUUUGGAACUUGUUUAGUUUUUCGAGUUCUUAAUUUGUAAAGAUUGUAAAUACAGCAGUGAUCACACUGUAGAUAGAAAGGCAGGAAUGAUCCAUUUUGUGUUGAUGCAGUUAUCAUACGCGGAGUUCUCAUGUAUUAUCUUCCUGGGGACUUGUGCACUGGAUUUCUGUGGGUUCAUGACCUUGCUCGGUGUGUGUGUGUGUGCUUUUGGCAGUGUUGAUUGGGAGUUUUCUUUUUUAAAAAGCUUAAAAUGCAUUCUGUAUAGCCUUUUUUUCUCUUGUGCUAGCUGUGUUUAAUGUGCCUGUUGAAUUUGUAUUACUCCAAACACGUUAGUCACAUCUUUUAAACAUCUGAUUAACAUGUUCUUCCACUUCAGGAAAAAAAUGGAUACAGACAUUUUUUUCCAAAGAAUUUGUGUAAAUUUGUAUACAGAGUCAUUUUUUCUAAGCACUCUGUUUUUCUCUCUUUGUAACCAAUCAUUUGUUGCACACAUCAGUCUCCACGUAUAUAUAUUUAAAAUUGUGUGUGUAGUACAAGUGGAAAAAAAUACCUUUCAUUGCCGGAAAGUUUGCAUUUGAAAUUUUGUAAAUCCUGGAACAAAGGUGACACAUAGCUGAUGCUUGUUGCAAAGCAUGUUCUGAAUACAAUUGCAUUUGUAUGUUAGGAGCUCAGGGUUAGGAACUCAGAAUCUUAAGUCCAGUGCUCUAACCCUGUUGCCACAUUGGCUGUUGCUAAAAUCACAGAGCCUUAUGGAUUCUGUGUUGACUUUAAAAGUGAUCUGUUUUGUUUCACAAUCAACCAGAACAUUCUAGGAGAGAAAUCUCACUUCUAAACUUCAUUUUACAUAUACCAAAUAGCAUGAGAAUACAUCUUUUGCUUCACCUCUGAUAUACCCAUUUCAUGUUUUAUGACCCCGUUUUCACCCCGUCUCCUGUGGUUUAUGGUAUUUGCUGUGUAUUUCCAUAAACCACUGCAUUCCAGUAUAAUUGAACAAAAACAUAAGUAACUCUUAACUCUGAACAGGGAACAUGUCAAACAAAAAAUACCAAUAUAUCAACAUAAUAAGUUCUGGUACUGGCAUAAAGGACUUCAAAUGCAAUACAUGAAAAGAAUAGCAUAGACAGUCUCUGAAUUUAAACAGGACUGUGUCAGGAAUUUAGACACUCUAGCGGGAACCAUGUGAAUAAAUGCAAAAGUAGUAAACUGAGCCCUACUCUACACCCUGCUAAAACCGUAGGACAGGAUGAUGGUGAUAAUGAUAAUGUCCACCACUACUGCCAAUCAGGACAAUAUCCAAGAAUAAAAUAUAUUUUUAGGAUUCAAAUUACUUCUCCUUUCUUUCAAAGGAAGUUUCUUUGGCAAGGCAGUAAACACUUAAUCCAUGCACAGAGUGCUGACCAGGUCAUAAAACAACACUUAGAAACCACUAGCUCUUCAGUUUUUAAUAUUUCAUUUGCAGUUGGAACUAAAUUUCUGGGGGUUUCUCUCCAGCCCUUGCUCAUUUGUCUUUACAUAUUUUCUUUUCUCCCCAGUCUCGUCACUGCCGCUUUUCACUUGUGUAAAAUCAUGGACAUACUGGGGAAUGGGGCUGUUCUGAAAUCCCUUCAGAGUGCAGCAAGAAAUGCUGACAGCCAUAAAUUUUAAUUCUGAAUAUGAAGGUUGAGUCUUUGUUGUGGUCUAGCGUGAGGAUUGAGUUUGUUUUAAGCCAGUCUUUAUAUGUAUAUGCAUACACGUGUGCGACUUGAAGGUAAAGCACAAUAUUUUUUCCGUCUUAAGGUGGACAUCACGUGGGAUGAGACAGAUCAUGAGAGAGUGACUUCCCUCAGCCGAACAUUUAAAAAAGAUGAACUUCUGGACAUGGACUUCCAAGCAUACUUGGCUUCAUCAAGUGAGGAAGAGGAGGAAGAACAGCAAGGUACUUGCAUUUCUGAAGGUUCAGUGUUAUUAUUAUUAUUAUUAAUAAUAAUAAUAAUAAUAAUAAUUUAUUGCUUAUACCCAGCCACUCUGGGCGGCUUCCAACAGGAGAUUAAAAAUACAUUAAAACAUCAGUCAUUAAAAAACUUCCCUAAACAGGGCUGCCUUCAGAUGUAUUCUAAACGUCAUAUAGUUGUUUAAUCCUUUGACGUCUGAUAGGAGGGCUUUCCACAGGGCAGGAGCCACUACCGAGAAGCCUGGUUCCCUGUAACUUUGCUUCUCGCAGUGAGGGGGAACCACCAGAAGGCCCUCGGAGCUGGACCUCAGUGUCCGGGCUGAACAAUGGGGGUGGAGACACGCCUUAAGGUAUACUGGGCCAAGGCUGUUUAGGGCUUUAAAGGUCAGCACCAACACUUUGAAUUGUGCUCAGAAACGUACUGGGAACCAAGCAAGUUAAGCAUGGAUAGGGAACCAGAUCCUUAUUUCCCCACCCCUGGAGGGGCAAAUUUGACAGGUGGCUGAGACCGAACAAUUUGUAUUAACCAUCAUUCUGUAAACAAGGUUUUGGAGUUUUGUGUGUGGUUGGAAUAUGUUUUCUUUGAUCCUUGGGAACAAUUGAAUUGCUGCAGCUCUGGCUAGUGUUACCGUUCAUGGAAAUGUUUCUUUUUCUUGGAAUUGGGUUCCUGAAAUCGUGCAGUUGUAGAGAAACUUAAUAUUCUGUGGGUUGUGAAGACUGAGCCUUGUCAGCUGAUGUGUGCAUUUGUGGAUAACAUUUGGUAUGCAUCUUACAGGCUUGAGCCCUUUACUGGUGCAUUAGUGAUCCAUCUUUCUCUACUUCCUCAAGGAUGAUAGAGAAAGUGUGGUGAGAACUUUAAAUCUUCUGCCAUUCUUACAAAGUGUGUGUCUGAACCCACAUGUGUAUCCAGCACUCACAUGUACUCUUGUGCACACACCCAAUAGAUUUAGGGACUUUUGCUGCAGUUAAAACAUGCAUCCAUUAUGAAUAUGCAUUUCUAACCUUAACCAAAUGCCUAGAAGAAGUUCAUGCAGUAGGAAAUAAAUAAGGAUAGAUUUAUUACUUGGAAUAAAAGUGACAAGCAUGCAUGGAUGCUGUUUUCAAACAGCGAAGUUACAGAUAAAAGUGGGCAGCAAAUCACACAACACUCUUCAAAGAGUAACAGGAUCCCUAUCAACAGCCUAGAGAUAGUGAGUGUGACAAUUUGCCACAGUGCCCACAUGAAAAGUAAAGGCAAGGAAGGGUAUACUUGCCCUGGAGAGGGUGGAACCCAAGUCAUGGAAUCAGAGGGCUGUGACAGUUCUGCUUUCCCCAUCAAUAUCCUGUACCAGGAAGGCUCCAAUGUCUCUCUCACUGAUUCCUUGGUCUGGGGACCCAUGAAGGAUAGGGCUUAUACUUGAGAGUGUGGAGUGAAAAGAGGGUCCCUGUUGAGCUUUUGAGCUACCCGGCCAUUGGAAAGCUGGCGUUUUUAAGUACUAAGCUAAUAUAUGCUUAUGGGGAAGAGAUGAUUUUAACAUCUUCAUUCCUGUGUGCCACUGUUUAUUUCCUACAAGUUCCUGUCUGUUUGCUGUUUGUUUACCUUGCCUAGUUUGCGGUUCAAAAGGCAUGGCCCUAGGGAUAAAUGACUAAAUUGGUUAUCUUGCAUGCUUCCUGAACCCUAAGUUUACCUUCAAAGGAAGAUUCUGUUGUCUAUGUAGAAACCCUUCUUUCCUACAGGAGGUGAUAAUUAAUCUUUGCUGGUAACAAAGAACUAGUGUUCUGAUCUUUACAUUAAGUGUUAGGAGAGCAGAAUAUUUACUUAUAACUUCCAGGUCACAUUAGGAUAAGGACUAGUACCCCAUAAUGGGGUUCUCUUUUUAUAUCCAGUUAUGUCAUCUAUACUGAUGCCACGAUCUGUGGAAGUCAGGCAUGUAAAAAUUUCAGAGUGGCACACACCAUUACACCAAAGGGCUGUCACUUUGAUUUUUAAUACAGAGAAACCCAAAAUAUAGCUGAAAGGUACUUAGUUUGAUUGCCCAUAUAACUUUUUUAAGCAUUGUAAUGGGACUUUGAUAUUCCCAUAUAUUUUCCCCCCAGUUAUUUCAGUGAGUUUUUGAUGUACUGAUCUAUAUGGUAUACAGAGGGAACUAAUUGUAUUAUGUGGAGUGUGUGCACGCAUGAAAUAAACAAGCAAAUGGGAUAUCACUUGGAAACUGAUAGAGUAACAUCCCAGUUACUCAGUGAACAUAUAAGCCAGCAAUACUUCCGUUUUCUAUUUAUUCCGUACAAUUUAUCACAGCUGCAUCACAAUGCAGAAAGAAUACUUUCAAUCUACUAUUGUUGAUUAUUGCUCCAGAAAAUGUCUUAUUUUUAUUGCAUUAUGUAUUCAUUGUGAUCUCCAGGCUACAUGAAAGUACACUGUAGUUAAAAAAGGUGGUUUAAACUGUGUCACCAGACCAAAGACUUUUUGGUGUAUUUCCAGUUUGGAAAGUUCUUGAAUUUAAUUAUGUUUUCAGAAAGAAGCUUUUAAUAGAAAAAUACACAGCCAUUUCCUUAACAUGAUCCUGAUGUUUUAUUCAUUGAUUUACUGGGUACAUGACAGAAUUCUAGCCAGUGUGUUUAUUGUGGCAUUAAGCACAAACAGGGGGAAAAUGAAUUUCAGCUGUUAGAAUAGAAAUGUAAAAAGUGUGAUCAGAUGAGAAGAAUAUUCUGUGCUUCUUACUCUCUUCUAUAUAUUUAUUAAGAGGUUUAUGCAGUCAUUCCAUUUCAUCUUGGUUUGCUGUGCUUUAUAAAUAUUUUCCCCCCAAAGGAUAAACUGAAUUUUGAUUAAAUUUAAGAAUGCAGUUAUUGAGGAAAAUCUGUGUUAGCUUUCCACAAGGUGGAGCUGGUGAAAAGUGUUUCUGACUACUAUUCAUUUCCAAAUACAAUACCUAUUUAAAUUCAGGGUAAUUGACAGUAGCUCAGUGAUAUGGUAUGCUCUGCGUGCAAAAGGUCCCAGUAUAAAAUCCGGAAGAGCCAUUCUGUCAGUACAGACUAUGGCUGGGGAACCUGUGGCUCUCCAGAUGUUGACGAACUACAUCAUCUAUCAUCCCUGACCAUUCUGGCUGGGGUUGAUGGAAACUGGGAGUCCAACAACAUCUGGAAGGCCUCAGAUUCCACAUCCCUGGUGUAUUAUGCUUAAGAUGAGCCGUCUCUCCUUUUUAGACUUCUAUACCUAUUUAUUGGAAGUUCCUCUUUUUCUCUUUUCUUUUAAAGAUUUUGGUGUAAAGCACACAACAGACAGCGAUAAACAUAAGCAACACUCCAAAGAUGAUGAAGAGCAAAUAGCAAAGUACAGAGAACUACUUAGGAGUAUCCAGGAAAAAGAAAAGAAACAUCAAGAAACUGAUAUGGAAAUGGAAAUCAAAUGGGUUCCAGGUAGAUGGCUUAUACUAUUUGCAGUGUUCUUUAAUCCCCUUUCUCUUUUUUAAUACUGACCAGCUUAAAUUCAGCAAUAGAAAUAUGUAAGUUCCAAGUUAUUCUUUCAAAAGGUACUGAAAUAUUUUUUCAAAGCUAACAUUUCUUUCACUCUUUUUCUCUGUCUUUUGGGGCUUAUUUUUGGCUGAGCUUCGAACCACUGUUUAGGGGAAAUAAUAUUAGGGGUUGGUGAGCUGCUGAAAAAUACUCCUUGACUAUUAUAUUUGUGGCCUUGAGGUUUUCCCCACCCCACAAGAAAGAUGGAGUUGCCAGCUAUGACCCAAAGUGGGGCUUUGUGCCUUUAAUAUGCAAAUGGGAGAGAGUUGCCAUGGAGGCACGGUGGUGUUUCAUUUUUCAAAAUGGCAGCUGCCAAAUGCCUCCACAUACAAAUGCAGCCCUUUGCUUCUUCUACCUCCUUAGUAUUCGUCACUCCACCCCUGUUGAAGGUAGGAGUUGAGUCCUGAGUGUAGCAUGCACACCCAAUGUUAAUCCAUGUCUUCUGAUUGAAAACCAUGCACAGGUCACUUUCAGCUGCUCUCUUUUGACUGUGGCUUCUAAAAAGCACGGUGUUCUUACACUGCAAAUUGAAAUGAAGAAAGGUCCCUCUGCAAACCUCCAGGCAGAAAGUUUGCGACAGGGUGAAUAAAAUCUCCUUGUUCUCUCCGCCCGCCCUGCUCCCCCCCGCCCCCCCGGUCUGUCCUCUCCAGUCUCCAAAUCCUAUGGGAUGCUAAUGCAAUAAAUGGCUUGCAUUAUGAAGCAGCCACUCUGUGGCAUCUGUCAAAACCGGUUUUUAGACAAGGGCAGUUUCCAUGUGAGUUGGGAACGUCUUAACACAAGGACUUUCACAGCCAGUCUCAUGUGGAGAAAAAGAAGGAAGGGGAAUGAACAGUGCCUGUUAGUUCUCCACACUCCAUGUCUGGGUUCUGUUCUUGUUUAUUUAUUAAGAGAUUUAUAUCUUGCCCUUCAUCAAAGGUAUUUCUGUCUUUGCAGUGGCUCACAAACCAUGAAAACAUGGUCCACAGUGUGCUUCUCUGCAGUGGUGGUUUGCCGUGGGGAGGCUCUGCAGUUCAUUAUCUUCAACAGUUCCACUGAAUUUUCAGUAUUAAGUGUUAAAUAAGAAAGUUUUGUGACUGUAUGUGUGCAUUUUUAAAUCGAUGAACGUAGGGAUAAUUGUGCUUCCUUCAGCCUCUAAGUAUAUGUUCUGUUGGCUCUAAACAGCUCAUUUUAUUGCUUACGCUUUGUAUAUUGUCACCCCUUAGACAAUCACAUUUGUUCUUGGAAAGUUAUUUGGCUGGCUGUUUCUAAGACAAUCUAAUCUGUGGAGGAAGUUCAAUCCCUUUCUGGUUUCAUGAAAAGGCUGUUCCUUCCACUCCAACUUUUCCAGAUGGAGCAAUUGAUUUUAUUUUCUAGGCAGUUGAUUAAGAAAUCUGGAAAACUCAUUCAGUUUAUUUAUUUUCAUUUGAAGUAUUUAUAUCUGUCCGUCAAUCCAGCGAUCUCAUUCUGGGUAGUAGUCACUCAAUAAAACAACCACAGAAAGGUGAUAAAGAUCACAAUAGUACAUUUUUAAAAAACCACUAUUUGCAUAUAUCUCACAUGAACAAACAUAUCAGACUGUUUCCAAAAUUAUUAACAGCUAUCUUUGCCCUGGCCUUUGACAUCUCGGAUAUCUUCUUAUGGGAGCCACUUCAUUCUCUUGGCUGUAAUUUCUUUUAGCUGAUUUUGAUAUUGCAUUUUAAAAAUUGUUGUAACCUUCUGUGGGACCAUAUGAUGAAGGGUGGGAAAUACUGUUACUACUAAUAACAUUAGUACUGCUAAUAAUAAUAACAACAAUAAUAUUUUAGUAUAUUUGCAGUUGCCAGAAUAUGUCUUAUAUAGGGAUAGUACAUGAUCUCAACGGAGCUCUUUCUCCCAUCAUGUCCAUUCAGUAAAAAAUAUAAUUAAAGGGACAUGAUAGUUUUGGUCUUAGGUGAAAAGGCAGUGUGUCCUCCUGGAUGACAGAAUUAUUUUUCCCUGUGCUGGAAAAAGCAUUACACUGCUAGCACAUCACGACACGCAGUGUUUAAGGUUCUGUUUAGAAAAACAGGAAUUGUAGCUGUAGCAGUUAAACCUGGAAAAGGAAGUUUUGGCUGUGCAUGCAGUUCCAUCAUUUAUGGGUAAAUGAUCUCUUCUAACCUCUUUUAAGAUUUUUAAAAAAUUACUUGUUUCUAAGCUAAACCUUAGAAAUGGAGAUCUGGCCCUCUGUUUAAUGGCCAUUAUAAAGAACUGUGUGUGUUGGUUCAUAUGUAACACCAAACCUUGCUGGUUUGAAGUCUUGGUUUGCAGGGUCAUUGCAAACCAUAGUUUGUCAGUUCAGGUGUAACAGCAAACUGGUUUGCACUAAACUAUGUUUAGUAUCAAACCAUGGUUUGGCAUUAUGUCCAAACAGAGUGUGCAUGUGUGUAAAUGUAAAAUAGUGCACUCUUGGAUUGAAAGUUGCUACACACUACCAGCUUCAGCUCUCCAUUUUGGAGGCGCUCAGCCUUCGGGAGCAGAUUCUCAGGGGUACAAGGGGCUUGCAGGAAGCUGGACAAGAAAGCCCAAGAGUGUGUGUAGAAGAUAAUACAUUUAAUGAUAGGUAACUUGAAUUUUAGAAGAAAUUGAUUUAUGCUCUUUUCUAGUCUCUUGUAACUCAAGUAGUAUGCUUUCCCAUGGGAUGUGGGUUUUUUGGUUUUUUGGCCUUAUGAAGUCGUCAUUGGAUGGGGCUGGGGGAGGAGGAUGUUUCUUUCAAUCAAACAUUUCAAUAUGAUAUGCAACUUUUUCUAGCUGUUGACAGGUCUGGGAAUGCUACCCUUAAAGAUUUCUUCUUGUGCACAAAGAUGACGAAAGGGAACUAGAGAGAUGACAAUCUUAAGUUAGUGGGCUGAUGAUUUCAGCUCCCUCUGGGAGUAUACACUGGUAGACGAUAGCAACAUCAUCUUCUUUUGAUCUUUCUGUUCUUGCAGCUGCUAAUGAAAAUUAAUAUACGAAGAACUUGAUAAAUUCUGUCUGCCUAUCUAUUCUGACUAAUUUGCACUUAAUUUUAGUAAUAACCACUUUAUUUAAAUUUCUCUGAUUUUUCUAAACUAAUUCUUAAAUAACUGAAUUAGUGCUUUGAAUCUUGGAUUUCCUGUUAUACCAGAAGCCUUCUGUCUCUCAUUUAUCUAUUGUCCAGUCUAGCCCAAGUAACUGUAAAAGUAUAAUAAACAAAUAGACCUAACCUUCAAAGUGUGAUAAAUGCAUACUAAAGCACCAUCAAGCAAAUGGAUAAAUUAAAAACAACAAAGCAGAUUAAAUAAUUUUAGCAGCCUGCAUAUAGAUCUGUUGUUAACUGUCAAGAGCAGCUCUUUAAUUUGUGCCUGGAUGACAAGGGGUAGGUGUCCAUCAGUGCAGUCUCCAGAGCCAUGGCUUCUCAAACGUUUUGGGUGGCAGAGCAUUUUUCAAGAAAAAAAUUAGUAUGGAGCACUAUCAUCACCCUUAUGCCACCCUUAUGAAGGGUGCCAUCCACCCUUAUGUGGAUUUUUUGCUGUUUUUACCUAACUGUAUUUUUCAAGUUGUUAGUCUCUUAUCUAGAGCACUUGCAUUUUUGCCAAGCCAAUCAGAAGUGGGCUUCCACAGUUUCUGAGCACAGCCCCAAAUAGAGCCAACCAGCUGGCCUUGAAAUGAAAUAUAAUGUGAAACACAAUUUCUAGAUGUCGAACAAGCAAAAAGGAUUGCAGUUCUUCCCAGCUGGAGUAGAGGAAGGCCAAUCUUGGCUACAGUUGCAGUUGGAGCUUCCAGAUUCAACUGCACAUCCAGGAGCACUUCAAGACUAUUGAUGGAGGACAAGAAAAGCUCCAUCUCAGUUGUUAGGGAUGCCCCUUGCCAUAUUCAUUGUCCAUUUUUCUACAGUACAAAAACUGCUGGAACUGGGGGAGGGAGAAAGUGUGCACACUAGGUGUUAACUCCAUAUUAGAGACUCCAGCCUUUCAUAAUGGCACCACACACACAUAUAUAUAUCUAGAUAGAAAGCUAGAUAGAAUAGAUAAGGUGCUGAGAUGGCAUUUUGCAGAAUUCCACAAAGGAACGUCCUGGAGAGACAGAGAAAUGUUGCUUGUCACUACCCACUGAGACAUUGCCGCUAAGUAAGAAUGAAGCCCCUUCUCUCUAAUCCCUCAGUUGGCUCACCAGUAGUAUUUUCUGAUUUGCUAUUUGGACAGUAGCUUCAUGCGGGUGUGAUGUUUAUCUGCCUCCAGAUUUUCAGAUACAGGUAUUGAGCUAACUUGGCUACAUGUAUUUUUCUGGUUGACCUCAGGACUUAAAGAAAGCGCUGAAGAAAUGGUAAGAAACAAGUUGGAAGGGAAGGAUGCGCUGACACCAUGGGAACAGUUUCUGGAUAAGAAGAAAGAGAAAAGGAAACUGAAGAAAAAACAGAAGGUAGUAAAAACUUUAAUCAAGUGCCUGACAAAUUUACUUUCUUUAGGGGAACCCUUUUCCAGGGUAACUCAUCUGUCAAGAAAUGCCUGCAGAUAUAGCUUGGAAAGCCAGCACACCCUUGGGGCUGCUCAAUGCAAGAGGAGAUUAGUAACAGUGGACGCAAUCUUGUCUUCCGAGAAACUUUAUAUUAAUUAAUUUAUAAUUUUUCUACCAUAGCCUUCAAAAAAUGAUUUCCAGAGCGGCUGCGGACAUUGUACAGCAAAAACUAAUGUUAUAAAAUAACAAAAGUAAAAGCAGCAGCUUAAAAAGCAAACAUAAAUGCCAGUUGAACUCAGAGAGAGCAUUUCACAAGCAAGUUGGCAUCGCUGAAAAGGCUCAGCCCCUUUGCCAUUCACUACAUCUCAGCUAGCGGAGGCAGGCAUGUUGAGGAGAGCGUCUGGUACUGUCUUGCUGUACUGGCAGGUUCAUGUGGAAUCUUUCUCACUGUUGCUGAGGAACCCCUGAUAAAAGCCUCAAAGGAACCAUGAGUUCCCUGGAACACAGCUUUACAACUUGUGUUCUAUUCCUCUUAGAUACAUUAUUUUCGAAGUGCUUUAACAGAAAGCUUGAGAGUAGGCAAGUGAUUGAUCAAGGUAGCACUAAGUCAUAACAGGCCUGAGCGCUUUUCAUUGCCUUUGGCAGCCAUGGGAUUUUUUUUUUUUUAAAGUUGUGAUUAAAGGAAAAUAAGUGUAUUAGCCUAUCCAGAAAAUCCUCCUUUGAUCCUGUGUCCUUGAUAAGUUCUGCAUUGCUAAAGGGAAUGGUCAUUCUUGCUGAAAUGUCAUGUUGGAGCUGCCAAGCCUUGGAUGAGAAUUGUAGCUUUGUCCAAAGUCUUAAGUGGUGAGCAAAUUUUGCCUGCAGAAUUUUAAAAGCGUAUCUCUAACGCUGGGAAAGUCUUCAAAGAAAUAUACAUUUUGGGUUUCUUUUGGAAAACUAAUGGCAGUGUCCCCAUGAUGAUAGACUUUUCUUCAUUGUUCCUCUAAAGUCAACAAGAGGGGUGCCAGACAUUGCUUAAUUUUGAGGCUGGCCUUUUAUUACUCUGAGAGUGUUGACUCCAUAUGGAUGUCCAUUAUUUCUGAAUAUGUCAGCCAAGGAAUUCUGUUGAACAGACAACUGUGCUUCGGAGUACAUUUAUUCUGGAGAUGCUGAUCUCACAAUUCUAAUAGGUUAUUUUUUGGUAAGGCGUUUCUGUGUUGGAUCAGCGAUUGUUGAAAAUGUAGCAUUUGCCCAAGACAUUGCUCACAUGGUUAUGACUUUGGGUUCAAUGUCUUUAUUCAUUGAUUCAUUGAUUGGUUCAUUGAUUCUUUUUCUUGUUUGCCUCAUUGAAUCCUAAUUAUUUGCUUUAUCGCAUUAAUAACCUGCACUUCCUGCAAGGAAGAACAAGGCAUUAUAGAGAGAUUGCAUCAUAUUAUCCUCAGGCUAAGAGAUUGUGAUUUCCUUUUUAGCCCACACAUUGAUCUUUAAGAUCAAGUGUGAAGUUGCACCCGAAUUUCUCAUAUCUACACUUGAUAACACACCCACUGCACUGUAUUGCUUUACUCUUCCAUAUAUUCUCUUUGUAAUUAUCCUAAACGUAAGUCAAAUGAUGUCUGUCUCCAGGUACUCUCUAAAGAGUGGUCUGGGAAUCUUUGGCCUUCCAGAGGUUGCUGAACUAUUAGCCAUGCUUGCUGGGCUGUUUGGAGUUGUAGUUCAGCAACAUCUGGAGGGCCAAAGGUUCCCCACACAUGCUGCAAAGAAGACUUCUGCUACAAAUGCUUUCUCCAGGGAAACUAUUGCUAAAGGUCCCGGCUUUGGUAAUACUUACCUUCCAGCUCUAUCCAGCUAGCAGUGGCUUCUAUACAGAAAGGUACAGUGGGUGCUAUUUGUUUAGGAACAAUUGUUGAUCACUAGGAGAAGGUUAGUAACAAAUGGUACCUCUUGUAUGAGGCAGCUGAAAGAUAGAUGUGUUCUUGCAAACACAUUACAGUGGUACCUCGGGUUACAUAUGCUUCAGGUUACAUCCGCUUCAGGUUACAGACUCUGCUAACCCAGAAAUAGUACCUCAGGUUAAGAACUUUGCUUCAGGAUGAGAACAGAAAUUGUGCAGCAGCAGCGGGAGGCCCCAUUAGCUAAAGUGGUGCUUCAGGUUAAGAACAGUUUCAGGUUAAGAACGGACCUCCGGAACGAAUUAAGUACAUAACCAGAGGUACCACUGUAGUUGUUUGUCUACUGCACGGCAGCUGCUCACUGUUGAAGGGUUCUGAGGAAGGGAGAAAGAGCUAUUCUCCAUGAUACCAAUCACCCAAAAGUUAAUAAAGCAUUGAAAUUUGUGUAUGUGUUCAUGUAAUCGUUAAUGAAGCCCAUAUUGAUGCCUACAGUCCUAUAGUGGCUUUGAUUUCGGUGAAAGCAGCCAUCUUAAAUCACUUUCCUCCUGUGUUGUAAAUAUCCACCCUGAGGUUACUCCUUGAAACUUUUAUUUGGAAACUUUGUGUUUGUAUAUUAUAUUUACUUGUAUUACUAAUGCACUGCUGGUGUUUAGUAACUGAAAUGCAAUGUGUUUUGUUUCAGGCCGCUGCUGACGAAACAGUAACGGAAGAUGAAUGCCCAUCUGAUGUUGAUUUGAACGACCCAUACUUUGCUGAGGAACUUGGGAAAGCAGGUUAGAUGUCAUUUAUUGUGAAAGGUGGUCAAGUAGAUAUCAUGUACUAAGAUUUUCAUAGAAAUGUUGACAAAUUCCCUUUCCAAAGGCUCCUAAAGAUCCUUCAGUCAUAAGAUGUGAUGAUGAACCCUUAGGAAUCUAACCAUGCUUGCUGAUGAGGCUCUAAAUGGAUUGCAACUCUGCAGCAGAAUACUUUUGGUUCAUUUUAGAAUGUCAGAUCAGCAUGUCAUGGGGAAAAAGUGGCAAAUGCAUUUUCCAGUACUGUGGUACCUCGGGUUACAGAUGCUUCAGGUUACAGACGCGUCAGGUUACAGACUCCACUAACCCAGAAAUAGUACCUCGGGUUAAGAACUUUGCUUCAGGAUGAGAACAGAAAUCGCAUGCCGGUGGCGCAGCAGCAGUGGGAGGCCCCAUUAGCUAAAGUAGUACCUCAGGUUAAGAACAGUUUCAGGUUAAGAACGGACCUCCAGAACGAAUUAAGUUCUUAACCAGACGUACCACUAUAUAUAAUAAGUUUUUGCCACACUUUUGGUGUCAGAAAGAAUAUUGAAAACAGAAAAAGUUAUAGGAAAGAGCAACUAAAACGAUCAGUGGAUGGGUUGUAUUUUUGCUUAGGUGGUGGUUAAGAAAUCGAGGCAUUUAUAGGAAAUUCUAAACUGAGAAGAGCUAGAGAAACUAGGCAGAGGAAAUCCUUGAGAGUCAGGCAGCAUUAGUAGGACAGGUACAAACAAAAAUAAUACUUAGAAGCUACUUCCUUUGUAAUGUGUCCUGCUAGAGUGGCUGCCCAGUGAAGCAUGAGAGAAGGAAUAUCACCAGGAUGGGAGGAGCAGGAACACUGAGUAGUUGUCAUUUGCCUAUAGUGGGAGAAUUUUAGUUCUUUUGAAGGGGAGAUGUUAGGGAAGAAUGUAGCCUCCAGGUCAUCUGGCAAACUGAUAAAAUACUAUUUUUAGGAAGCUAAAACAUCACACAAGGAGAGCCCCAGUAUUUCUCCCACCCUAGCAUCAAAAUUCAGUAUAAUUUUCCUUAGUGAGUGAAAUGGCUUCUCUCCCCCAUGCCCACGGCUAAAUUGUGUUGCUUGAGUUUCCUUUACGAUUUGAUCAGCUCCCACCUGUUAGCCUACUUAUGUGUCUUCUGUCAAGCGAGUUGGGGUAUGGGAUUUUGCCUUCUGCUUUGUAGAAAUAGAGCAUGAUAUAAUGGCAAUAUGGGAAAUAUCUCCUAGUCCACCUCUCUUCUAAAGACCCCACCCCUGAAUUCUAGACCACCGUCUAGGGAAAUAAAACAGGAGGAGAAUUCACAGCUAAGUAAAUUCUUAUGUUCCUUCAACAUUGAGAAAAAUAAACUAUAUAUACCCUUCUGCAGUCGAUAGGUGGUUGUACUGUACUAUGUUACAUUAAAGUAACCAUUGUAGAACUGAUCCUUACUGAAAUAGUUCCUGUCAAUGAAAGCCACCAUAUUUCAAAUAGCUAUUUCUGGAGUCCCUAGCAAGAUUUAUAACUUCCUUUUGAAAAGCAUUCCUCCAUGCUGCUUCCAUAAGCUUCUUUGGAAAAUGCCCCCAAGGUUCUAAAGCAGUUUUCCCAGGGGGUGGCUUACAAUUUAAAACAAGUCGAAUCCCUAUUAAACAGCCAAGUUAACUCAGACAGCUCUCCAGAUUGUCGCUGAAAGUUUUGGGGCAACUGCAGAUCUUUUCCUUAGUAUGUUCCUAAAUGCCCUAACCAACACCCAUUGAGUUUUAUGAAACUAAGUGUUGUAGCUGGAAUUUAAGCACAUAUAUGCAGCUAAUAAUUCAAGUAAUGCAUUUUGUGUCUCUCUCUAACAAUGUUUUAAAGGUUUCAUUUAAUGUUCAAAUGCGUUUUAAGGUUUUAAAAAGCAAUCUGCUGGCUGUGGAACAUCAAGUAAAAUAACAAAUUGCUACAACUGAGCCUGGCUCCAAGGCAUUGCUAUAAAAUACUUUCAUGACUGUUCCAACCUGAUUAUUAACUUUUCAGUAGUGAAUUUAUUUUUUCAGCAAAAGACAAAAUGCAUAUUUCCUACUGGCCGAUGAUGGAAAACAAAUUGAGAGCAAUUGGGUCUGAUUGGCCUAUAAAACAAAGUUCAUACAAACUGCAGGGGAUUGUUACUGUUACGAACACAUAAUAUAUUCUGUGUUUUAUCAUACCUGAACAGUUUUUUAUAAGAUGAUUGAUUUGAUUGUUGUUCUCUUUUGAUUCCUGGAAACCAAGUCUGGAGACACAUGCAGCAUUGUGGUUUGCUUGUUUCAAAAUGUUUCAUGCCAUAGGCAACUUUGACAGAAAAACAUAUUUCUUUGGGGAAUUGGUUAGAAUGAGUUCUGUACAUGGGGCAGAAAAAGAUCAGCUUUUACGUAAUGUAUACUGCACAUAAUUUUAGAGGGGUGCCCCUUUCAUAUGCUGCCUGGAGCGUGAUUUGGGUUCUUCUUAAUCGUAUGACUGUGUUCACCUGUAAUAAUUAGUCAGACUUCCUUGUGCUCACUGCCCAGUCACUCUCACUUUAACUGGCAUGAGUGACAUAAAGAAACCAGGAAUCCUUUGAUUCCUGUUUUGCCUGACCAAAGGAUCAUGGGUGGGUUGUUACUCCCUAACAAAGCAUGAUCACUAGCCAACCUGAAACCAUAGUUUGUUGUGGACUUGGUAAACAUGACUUGCUAGGGAACAGUAAACUCCAUUGCUUGGUUCAGAGAUAAUAGGGAGCCAGGGUUUCUUAAAACUUAUAGCUUUAUUGUUUAACCUGCUCGCACUAGGGGAGGAGAUAAACUGGAACAAUCAGGCAGCACACAUCCUGCUUGUUUCAGAUAAACCACAUUAAGCCAGAAAGUCUCACUUAUUGUUAUGUGUCAAUGCAGCUUGUAUGUGGCAAACUUCGUAUUUUAAAAGCUUGAUUCCUUCAGAAGGAAACUGUUUCCUUUCCCCUAACAAGCACCAAUGGGAACCUGUAAAACAAGACAUCCUUUUGAAUAUGGAUUUUGAAUUUAGAUUUUAGAAAUAAAUCAAUGCAAAUUUUGGGACUCCUGGACACAUUUUCAGUUUUGAGGAAAUCCUGGAGGUCCUGGUCCUGAGAUGGCUGCUGUGAGGCAUGGCAUAACACAAAAUGGCUACCUUGGGGAGGGUGGCAGAACACAAAAUAAGAGAGAGAACCACCCUUGGGAAGUCUGCUAUGUCCUGCUGUCCCUGACUAUGAAGAUCACACACACUGAUGCUGUUGCUACCUACUAACAACUGGGAACAUUCAUCACUACCAGGAAAAAUAUAAAAGGUAGCUACACCACUCUCGUUGCAAAGAAAUCCUUUUGAAGGUACCUGCACAUUUCUCCUUAUAACUUUCUUUCUAAGAGGGCUAGAGACUUACUUCUUUAAAAAAUGAAAGCUCAGAUCUGGAACACCUGCACAGGGGCACCUCUGAAAACCUUCACGGGCCCCAUGGUGCCUGUAGGCACCAGGUUGGCAACCCCCGCUCUAACAACUCCCUCUACUUGCUCAUAGCUGGAAAAGACUCUGACCAUUUUCUUUGGGCAUCUCCAUGUUGACUUCCAGCUGACUUUUCUCAAAUAAAUGUAACUGUUUUCUGCAGCGUGCAUUCAGGAGAGUGUGCAUACAUUCUUGCAGUGUCGCCAAUCUGGUUACACCUGGAUAUUUUAAAACUUGCUUUUUAUUUGUGUUGUGCUUAUAAUUAGGUUCAAAUAAGAAGUCCAAGAAAGAAGAAAAUGCCCAAGAAAAUGAAGAUGACAUGGAAAAGCAUAAGGUAGUAGAUUACAUGCUGAAGUAGUAUUAAGAUUAGACAUCGGAAUGAAGUCCUGGGGUUAGGAGUGUUAACAUUACUACAAAGUUGCAUUGGGUGACGGAAUGAUUUGUUGUAUUUACCUUAAAAAUGGAAACUACAUGGUAAUAACUCUGCAAAAAGUAAUGAGUUGCAAAAACAAACCAUGAGAUGGAUGAUCUCGUUUUGAAGUUUUUCUUUUAUUGUUCACAUUUAUUAAUGAUGCUUAUAUAUUGGUAUUCCGUUAGAAAGAUCAGAGUAUCUUACAUGGGGGGUUGCUGGUAGGCUGUCAUUCAGGCACCGAUGAGGCAAUUACAGCUCUUGCUAUUAUGCAUUAGCAGCCCAAACCUUUAGAUGAGGCACAGAAACAUCUGCAGCCCAUAUUCGGUGAAAUGUUGUGCAAACAGAUCCUAUCUGUUUUGAUUGUAACAGGCUGAAAUGGCUCUGCUGGUGAUGGAUGAUGAGGAAGAUGAAAGGAGACACUUCAAUUAUGACAAGAUAGUGGAGCAGCAGAACCUGAGCAAAAAGAAAAAGAAACUAUUGGUGAAAAAGAAGGAACUGCUGACAGAUGACUUCCAGGUAACACUACGGGCUUCCUCCUAUUGAAGUCUAAUAACAGUGCUAGUCAUUUUGUGUUAAAGUAGAUCAAUAACUACAUUACGAUUUAUGCAAAAACACAUUUUAUAUCAUUCUAUCCAAAGGGACACUUAAAGGAUUGAGUUGCAGAUCUUGAGCUUGGUGUCAGAAAUCAAAAAAGUUUUACAUCCUUUUUUGUGUUUAUGGCGGGGGGGGGGGGGCGGAUAUGCUAUCUAGAAGAAAAAUUCCAAGGACUUUCCUGAGGCCCAAAUAAUGCCGCCUUCCUGGAAUGAAAUAAACCUAUUUUUGUAUGGGUCAAAAUUAAUAUUUAAAACAGGCUGUUGCAUUUUCACAUUUCCUUAAGAUCUAGAUUCUUGAUUAACAACUAUCCUGCAGGGCACAUUUUUCUCCUACUUUUUUUUAGCUAUUGCAGUUAAAGCAUCCUCUCUUGCUCUUCGCAGGUUAAUGUUGCUGAUGCCAGAUUCCAAGCCAUGUAUACCUCUCAUUUGUUUAAUUUGGAUCCUUCGGAUCCAAACUUUAAGAAAACAAAAGCAGUGGAAAAGAUUUUGGAGGAGAAAGCUCGUCGAAGAGAGCAAGGUUUUGCUGAGGCAGCUGGGGGAGGGAACAAUAUGGCAGAGCCUGCGGCCAAGAAAUCCAUAGAUCCUGCAUUGUCAAUGCUAAUCAAGUCCGUCAAGAAUAAAACAGAACAGUUUCAAGCAAGGAAGAAACAGAAAGUCAAAUAA